CAGAAUUCACAUCUUUCGUUAUCUUUCUCCUGCAGUACAUCUAACAACACUUCCAACUGCAUGCGAUGAGCGCGCCCAUGCCCAUCACGCCAAGGAGAGCCUCUCCUGAGAAGACAUCCAAGUUAUCCACAAGUACAUCUUCGAACUCGAACCUAUCCUUGUCAGCCCCUCCAUCUGCGUUAUACAACUUCCGUUUACUCUCUGCGCUCCGUUCCGAGGAUGCGUCAGAGGUACAACAGUUUUUGAACCAACUCAAGGCAGCUGGCGGGACAGAAGAGCAAAUGGAGAAAGCUGGGCAGAUGUUGGGAAUGGCUGUAAGGGUUGCCAGUAUCCCGGUGAUAACCUUAAUCCUCAAUUCUCCCAACGUCUCUUCACCAAACCUCCCAACUGGUACAGGAACACCUUCGACUCCUUUACACGUCGCCAGUGAGCUGGGACGUGUCGACAUUGUCCAGCUCCUUCUGUCUGAUCCCAGGAUUGAUGAUACCAUCAAGGAUGAUCGUGGGCGUACGCCAUUGGAGUGCGCCGCCUCCCCUGAAGUUGCGUCCGUCAUUGAAGAAUCCCGUGCGCAACUUCAGAGUAAAUACAUGGCUUUGCUCUCUCAAUAUGUGUCAAGCCCUCUGAAUUCUCCAGGUGAGAGUGCUUCCCUUGCAAAGUUCUUGGAUCUCCCAAGGAUGGGAGUUGUCAACUUGAAUGCUCUGGAUGGAAGGACUGGGACCAGCCUGUUGCACGAAGCUGCCCGACGACGAGACCUUCGAUUGGUAGAACUCGCGGUCAAGAAAGGCGCAGAUGUCUUCGUAAGGGACAAGCGUAAUAAGAGGGUGCUGGACGGCGAAAAGAAUGCGGACGAUAGAAUCAAAAUGUUCUUGAGGCAAUUCAAUAACCAGGAUAGUCUUGUCGAAGCCAAGUCUGACGGUCGACCUCCUGAUCACCGUGGAUUCCUCAGCAAAUGGGUCAAUUACAGGAGCGGCUGGCGUACCAGAUGGUUUGUCCUCGAAAAUGGUGUACUUAGUUACUAUCGUGAUCGCGAAGACGAAGCCGUUGCUUGUCGAGGUUCAAUUGCCAUGGCCGUCGCCACUCUUCAUUCUUCCUCUGAUGGGACCCGUUUCGAACUUUCCUCCAAGGUGUCUUCAGCCGUACCCAAGUUUAUUGUCAAGUCUGUGCACCGUGCAGAGAUUGCACGAUGGAUCCAGACCAUUAAGCUCAACAUUGAGUAUUACCAAAAUGGUCCCGGUGCAGAAGGCCAGGGGACUGGCCCUCCUUUACCUCGAAGAAGCGCUAGUCUCAAGGUGCAUGACAACGCUGCUACUGCUGUGAAUUCGCUGCCACCUUCGGAUCAGUUUUUAAGCCCUACUCUUCAACGUACCGCUACCAGUCUUAGCGGCGCCAGUAUUGGCAGCGUUAAACCUCCGUCCGAAAGUAGCAACACUCGAAUCACUGGAACCCACCCAGAAAGCCUUGCUUUCGAAAAAGACGAUAGCGAUCAUAGCGAAGAUGACGAUCAGCCGUCUACAGAGGUUAUUCCUUAUGAGAAUGCUUAUGAACUAGGCGUGCUCAAUAUCAAGGAACAAAUCGACCUUACCCUCCAGCUCGUCGACUCUAUCGUUGUCCCUCCAUCCGCUCCUCCUUCCUCCGGUCGUGACACAUCCACUUCUGCUCGCCAAGCAGCCGUCAAAGAUGCUUUGCGCCAGUCCCUCUCCACCAUGUCUAGCCUCGUCCUCAAACAAAACGCCAUGUCACACGACCGCGAACGAUACUUCACAAGCCGUAUCCAGCGAGAAAUCCAAGCUCGUCAGCUAUGGGAGGAGAACAUGCUCACUAUCGCCAAACAGCAGGCGGAGUUUGAGCAGCAACUAAACGAUGCGGCAAAGGUGAAUGAGAAGAAGAAGAAGGCGUUGAGGCAGGCGAAGGGAGUACUGGCUGGUUUGAGCGGAGUAAGCGUGCCGACUUCUCCUGCGGAGCUUGGAGAACCACGUGCAUCCAUAGAUCAGGGUAUCCUGGGACCUGCCUCAACGACGGGAACUGGCGAGACACUCUCUCCGUUCUCCAAGACGACAUUUACAUCUGCCGGUCCGCCCAUCUCGAGUACAACACCUACCGCACCAUCAGGAGCCUUAUCACCUCCCUCAAUCCCCAACAUCAAAGAAGCCCACGAUGCCAUCGUCGCCGCCGAGUCUGGGGACGAGGAUGAUGAUACCGACGAGUUCUUUGACGCGAUUGAGCAGAAUCAGUUGCCGAAUUUAAAGCUUUAUGAUUCUAUUGCUCAUCCAGAGAGAGAACUUCCUGGGACGCCGGUUACACCGGGGACUCCUGGUAUUGAUAGGGGAGUCGGUAUAGUGGCCGAUGCUGGUGGAGAGGCUGAAGAAGGCGCUGUGCAAGAUUCGAAGCUGGUCAGGCAGCAAUCUGUUCCCGCAAAGGGUACGAUUGAAGAGUAUCUUGCGAGACAAAGUUUGGAACCGUAUCUGCAUGUGAGGCACAAAUUGCCUAUUGAUGAUGACAAGAGGCCUUCUGUGAGCUGUGAGUUGUUUUAUUAUACCGAUAAAUACCGGAAGGGCGUCGGCUUACGAGGAGCACAUGUUAUAGUGUGGAGUAUUUUAAAGAGUUCUGUGGGCAAAGAUCUUACAAAGAUUUCCUUUCCUGUCAGCUUCAACGAGUGCACUUCAAUGCUCCAGCGAAUGGCGGAAGAUAUGGAAUACGACGCUUGCUUAACUGUUGCUGCCUCUGAGAAAGACAGCCUCCGUCGUAUAGCAUUCGUUGGUGCAUUUGCGAUGAGCAAUUAUAGCUCAACUAUCGGCCGUAUCGCCAAACCCUUCAACCCUCUGUUGAGCCAAUCAUUCGAGUACGCCAUUCCAAACAGAUAUCGAUACAUUUCUGAACAAGUUUCUCAUCAUCCUCCUAUCUCUGCGUGCUACUCUGAAGCACCCAAAUGGAAGUACUAUGGCGAGGUUGAUGCCCAGAACAAAUUUCAAGGGCGUUCCUUUGAGAUUCGACCGACUGGGGUGGCCCAUGCAGAGUUGAUAAUACCUCAAGAAUGGAUAAAUCCGUCCUUGAAGUAUCCUGAUGCAGGUUCCGAGUAUGGACCUGGCUUGGUGAAGGAACACUACUCGUGGAAAAAGGUGACGACGAACGUAUCGAACUUCAUAAUGGGAUCACCUAUUAUUGACCAUUACGGAGACCUCGUUGUUACAAAUCAUCGAACUGGCGAGACCUGCACGCUUACGUUCAAGCCACGAGGAUGGAGAGGUAGAGAUGCAUUUGAGAUCAAGGGUAACGUCAAGGAUGCCGACGAAAACGUCAAGUGGGACAUCGCUGGUCGAUGGGACACUCAGCUUAUUGCGCGAGAGGCUAGCGCUGAGACUCUCCCUCUUGAAUCCGACAUGAAUGUGAACCAGGCGCAGAAGGAGUACAUUUUGUUGUGGAGGAAUUCUGAGAAACCAAAAGCGCCAUUCAACCUCACACCUUUUGCCAUCACACUAAAUGACAUUCCGAAGGGUUUGGGAGAAUAUCUUUGUCCCACCGACUGUAGGUUGCGAACAGAUCAAAGAGCGUUUGAGAAUGCGGAGUAUGACCGAGCUCAGGGGUUGAAGACACUGAACGAAGAGAAGCAACGCAAUACCCGUAAGCUUCGUGCUGAAGGCAAACUUCCACCUCACGAACCCAGGUGGUUCAAUGCAACUGUUGAUGACGACACACGCGAGCGUUUAUGGGAGCCGAAGAGGGCUGAGAAUGGGGAAGUUGCGUUCUGGAGUGUCAGAGAGAAGAAGAACUGGGACGCUGCGGGAAUUGAGCACAUUUUUGCCAGUGAUGAGGCAUAGUAAUGAUCGCUUUUGAACACUUAAUAAUAGGGUUCGUAUAUCAGAAAUUGAAUUAUCAACCCGACACUUUUUUGGUGUAUGCUUAUUUAUCUCCUUUAUUGACGUUGCGAAAUUGUCAUGGAUAAGGUUCAGAUGGCUUAUCUGAGUAUCUAUCUCAAACACGGGGAGUUAAAUGAGAUGGCUGGCUACAGUUGAUUCAUAACGAGCUUAAAUGAGCAGUGUUAUGCUUUUGUGUUUUCAGAGUAUAUACUGUAUGCAGCUAAAACAACAUCGAACAG